CCGGGCCGGGGCCCCCCGGCGACGGGGCCACCCGACGGCGUAGGCUGGCGCCCCCCGGCCUGGCGCUGGGCCCCGGGGCCAUGGCGUUCACCUUCGCCGCGUUCUGCUACAUGCUGACGCUGGUGCUGUGCGCAUCCCUCAUCUUCUUUGUCAUCUGGCACAUCAUCGCCUUUGACGAGCUGAGGACCGACUUCAAGAACCCCAUAGAUCAGGGCAACCCUGCCAGGGCACGAGAGCGUUUGAAAAACAUUGAGCGGAUCUGCUGCCUCCUAAGGAAGCUCGUGGUCCCCGAGUAUUCCAUCCACGGCCUCUUCUGCCUGAUGUUCCUGUGCGCCGCGGAGUGGGUGACGCUGGGGCUCAACAUCCCCCUCCUCUUCUACCACCUAUGGAGGUACUUCCACCGCCCAGCGGACGGCUCCGAGGUCAUGUACGACGCCGUGUCCAUCAUGAACGCAGACAUCCUCAACUACUGUCAGAAGGAGUCCUGGUGCAAACUCGCCUUCUACCUGCUCUCCUUCUUCUAUUACCUGUACAGUAUGGUUUAUACGUUGGUGAGUUUCUAAAGGGGGAAGCCGGCCAGGGAAUGAACCCCGAGAACGGACCGGACGCCUGUGUACCCCCACCCCCGCGCCCCUUGUGGACAGCGGAGAAGAGCCACUCCCCGCCCCCCGUCUCUCAGAAGCCUAGGCUCUGGGGGGAGGCGAGGGGCGCCGGGGCCUCCUCAGCCCCUGCCCCCCAAAUUGCUGCUAUGGGAUGGCCCGACCCUUCACCUCCACCCCCACCCCCACCCCGUCCUCCCGUGCCGCGCCGGCCUCGCUCCGAGCGGCGCCUCCCGAAGGCAGCCGGCCGCCCCUGGAGACCCAAGCCCCCACUUGGAAAACCUGGCAGUGGGGGGAGGGGCCUUGGGUCCUCAUCCGCCCUAGGGAUAACCGAGGGACGGAGGACAGGGGUGCUGGCGAGGGCCUGAGCUCGGGGGAGGGGAACUGGGCCCACCCCGCUCCCAAACAUCCCUCCGCCCUCGGCCGCCGGCCCAGGGCGUCCCUCGGGGUCCGGGAGGCGGGGCCCCGGGGAGGGGAGGGGCGUGAGCAGGCUCAGCCGGGGGCUCCUCCUCAGCCCCACCUCCCGCUCCCAGUUCUCCCUCUGCCCCCGCCCUCCCCCCCCCCCAGCCUUUUCUCGGCUCGCUCUUCUGUGCCCUCCCCAGCCCCCGCCCCCUCCUCCAGCCCCGAGCCCCCGUUUUCGAAGGCGCUGGAGGCCUGGCCCUUCCCAGCGCCCGGAGGAGUUUAUGUGUAACACCCCAGUCUCCCUCGGCCAGCCCUGGCCAUUUGUGAUUGAAUAAACAAUUGCAAAGA